AUGAGUUUGCAGGCCCCACCCACACUCCUGGAGCUGGCAAGUCAGAGCCUGGUGAGGAGUGAGGCCUUGGACCCCUCCUCCCUGCAGGACCUGCCCAUGGACUUCUUCCUACCAGUCUUUGUGGAGGCUUUCAAAGGGGGACACAGGCAUGAGUUGAGGUCAAUGGUACAGGCCUGGCCAUUCCCUUCCCUGCCCUUGGGGUCACUGAUGAAGACACCCCAUCUGGAAACCUUGCAAGCCAUCCUAGAUGGGCAUGAUAUGCUGCUUGCCAUGAAGGAUCGUCCCAGAGAGUGGAAACUGCAAGUACUCAAUCUGCAGAAGGGGGAUGAGAACAUCUGGAAGAUGGGGUGUGGACGCAUAGCCCGCACCUGCUCAGAGCUCCCCAGUGAGGUGCAAUCAGACAGCCCUGAUUCUGGGAUGGGAACAAGGCCCUUGAAGAUAUUUGCAGACCUUUGCAUUCCCCAGGAACGUGGACCGCUUAACCAUUUCCAAGCCUACCUCUUGCACUGGGUAAAGAUGAGGAAACAGGUUGUCCAGCUGUGCUGCAGGAGGCUGCAGAUUUUGUCAGAUUCCACAUACAAAAUAGAGAAAUUCCUGAGUGUCGUGCGCCUUGACAGCAUCGAGGAGCUGGAGGUGGACAGUUUUUGGUAUCGAAACACCCUGAAAACAUUUGCUCCCUACCUGGGCAGGAUGACCAGUCUUCAAAAGUUUUCAUUUAGGUAUAUGAGUACAUACAGAUAUAUAUCACUUUGGCGAAAUAAGUGGUACUCCCGUGUGUAUGCAGCUCAGUUACAGAAGCUGGACAAUCUGCGGGAGAUUUACAUAGAUGAAGUCUUCUUCCUUAAAGGACAGCUGCACAAGAUCCUCAGGAGUCACACUCCCUUGCAGACCCUCUGGUUGAAGUCCAGCCCACUUACCGAGUCAGACUUGAAGCAUCUUUCUGAGUGUCCAAGCACGGAUCAGCUGAAGCAUCUGACUCUGAGCAACAUCGACAUGGCGGACUUCAGUCCGCAGCCCCUCCGAGCUCUGCUAGAGAAGGUGGCAGGCACUCUUGAGACCCUGAACUUAGAGCUUUGCAAGAUGAAUGACUCCCACAUUAAUUGCAUCCUACCUGCCCUAGACGGCUGCUCCCAUCUCACCACAUUCAGUUGCUAUGGGAACCAUAUGUCCAUGUCUGUACUGGAGAAUCUGCUGUGCCACACAGACAGGCUGAGCCUGUUAAGCGAAACGAUGUAUCCCCUGCCUUCCAGUUUUGAGCAAGGUGCCUGGCAUGAGUUUGAUGAAGAUAAUUUCUUCCAUAUCUCUUCUAGGUUGAGGCAGGUAUUGAUGAACCUGAAACUGAAGCAUAAGCUGACACUGGAUCUGUACUCUCUGCCUUGGGAGUUUUAUGGAGAAGGGGGUGAUGUUGUCAUAGAGAGAUCUAACAUAGUCUGUACUGAGCUCAUGGACACACUGAGGCCUGUGAGGCAGCCCACAACAGUCCACUUUGCGUCCCAUUUCUGCCAUCAGUGUAGAUAUGAACGCUUCCUCUAUGACCUGGGGAUCCGUCUCUGUUGCUGUUUGCAGUAA